CAGCAAUCCCUUAACAAUUACCCGUACAAAUAAUUAACUCAGCCGUUACGAAAAUAGUCUCUAGUCCGUAAUUAUAUUCUAUAAAUAGGCUCUGUUCUUCACCCUCUCUUAAAGGUUCUAACAAAAGUUUCAGGAUCUUUCUCCUCCUCCUCUGCCCCCCUUUUUCUUCCGUUAUUCACCUUUCAAACAUGAAUUCCGGCGGAGGAAAGCCGCCGACGAUCAAGAUCCUAUACAGUUAUCUCGGCAGAAUUGUGGCCGGCCGUCCGGACGGCAAGCUCCGGUACGUCGGCGGCUACACUCGCGUGCUUUCCGUUGAUCGGUCAAUUUCCUACGCGGAGCUGAUGCUGAAAUUCGCCGAGGCCUGCGGCGAGUCCAUGAACUUGAAGUGCAAGCUUCCGGCGGAGGAUUUGGAUGUUCUGGUGUCGAUCUCCGGCGACGAGGAGCUCGCGGCCGUGAUCGAGGAGUACGAUCGCGUCUCCGCGGCGGAGAAUCGGGAGAUGAAGGUCCGCGCCGUGCUUUCUCCGGUCAAGUCUCCCAAAAAGGCCUCUCCUCCGUCUUCUCCCAUGUCCUGCUUCGAUUUCCCGGCCAAGUCGCGGCUGAAUCAGGUAAAAAUCUCCGGUCACUGCUCGCAUCCGCCGUACAAGCCGUCCUCGCUUCUCCGGUGCUCCCCGCCGGUUGUAGGAUAUCCAAUCGCCGCCGAGAAGCUCCACCACUGCCGUGGAGCACCAAACCCUAGCAGGCUUCAGAACGUCUGUUUUGCUAACCGCAGAAACUGCAGCCAUUAAGAUCGGCGAACACCGCGGCGAUUCCGGCGAAUCAAACUAUACAAAAAAAUUGCAGAAAAUUAUAGAAAAUCUAAAUUAAAAAAAUUAACAAAAAAAAAGAAACUCUGCGGAUUUGGACUGUGUAUCGAAUGAAGUUUAUUAAAUUUCUUCUUUCGAUGGAUUUGUAGGAUUGAAUCGCCAUUCUAUAAAUUCGAAUCGUGCUUUCGCCGUGUUUGAUGAUGAAUCUGUGGAACUCGCCGUUAAGGUUCCGUUUAAUCGCCGUCCGUAAUUCCCGUCGCGUUUGGCGGCGUAACGUAUAAACCCGGCCUGCUGGGCUUGCUUUGAGUUUAUUAGGUGAGCCCACCCCCACGUUAUCAUAUGGUGGGAAGCAUUAUGGACCACGCAACAUGGACGCAUAUUAAUGUGGAGCGGAAUUAAUUAUCAUAACAUAAAAUUAAUUUAAAAUUAAAUGGACAUACAAACUUGUUGAAUUUAAAAUUUGGACAAAAAAAAUGGGACAACUAUUCCUUGAGUGUUUGGUGACCAAAAGAUAAAGACUUUUUGAAAUUUUCGGACUUCGUAACUCUUUUUUUAUAUUUGACGAACAUUGAGUAGAUUUCAGAUUUUGAUAUCACGAAAUAUCACACAUCUUUGAAAGAGAAGGUUUUGAAUUUUUGAUAACUCCUCAACCAUCCCCCACCACUGGCUAUCAUAGUAACUGCCAAUUACUCUUGUUGUUGAUCACUUUCACCUAUCAUGAGUUUGUGGUGUCAUGUUUAUGAAUUGGUCAAAGCUGUUUAUAAAUUAUUUUUAUUUACAAGUGAGCUAACGACAUUUUCUCUGCACUUAUGAGCUGACUUAUAAAUUAUACAUAAAUCAGAAAAAAUAAGUAGGUUUUUU